AUGCAGUCUACUAUUAAUGAUUUUUCAGGAACUCCUCACAGAGCUGUUACAAUAGAAAAGGGAACAAAAGAAGCAAAUCGAAUAACUUCCGAAAGAGCAGAUGAUGAUGAGGAAAAUGAUAAAAUGAUGGAUUUUAGGACGCUCUCUGGCUUGCAAGGAAGAUGCAGCGUAAAGAAUGUGACAGUCAUUUCUGAGCUUAGAGAUAAUUUAUCUAUAGCGCUCUCUGAAAAAAAGCAAAAUGUCUGGGUUGUGCAGGAAGAUAAAGGGAUUUUAUAUAAAGAUGAAACUCCGUUCACGGAGCUUGAAAACAGGAAGCAGAUUGAAGUAAUGAUUGGAAAUUCGGAAAGAUCAGUUGGAAGGAUAUGCGAAGGCAAAGAACCUAAACUUGAUGUAAUAUCAAACAGUACUGGAGCAUCUCAGAAAAGCAGAAUGAGUUGCAAACAUUUUACAGAGCCGGAGAAUCUGUUCAAUUACACCAAAGAAAAUAUACUUGGAGGCAACGCAGAAGUUAAAUGUCCUAAAUGUGAUGCAUUGUGGGAAAUGGUAGAGUUAGUGACAAAAUCUAACAUGUCACCAGACGAGCAGAUAUUUUUCGGGAAAGCAAUGUUCAUAAAUACACAGACAAAGAAAACUCUAACCCACCUAGUUCAUAAAGAAUUAUCUAAGAAAAUCCUUCUUAUACCGUCAUAUAUUUAA